CGUCACUAUGAAGUAUAAGGAAACAGCGCCAAACAACUAGAGUUCCAUAAACGAAGCGUCCACACUCUACAACUCAAUUCGCAAAAUGGCGGAUGGAGGCGUGGAUAUAGAUUUAUACGCUGAUGAUAUUGAAUCUGAUUUUAAUAGACAGGAUGACUUUGGAGGAGAAAAUGUCGACUUGUACGACGACGUAAUAGCGGCGCCAACAGUGAAAACCGAGGAUGGAGAUGGGCCACCGAACUCAUCAGCCGCUCCGCACUCCCAUCCUCCUGAGGAGACAAACGGUUCCGUUCCUUACCACAACAACGCACCCAGUCACGGACAUCAUGGCCGCCGUUUUCAACUUUACGUCGGCAACCUCACUUGGUGGGCUACAGAUCAAGACAUAGCUAACGCGAUCGCUGAUAUCGGGGUCACGGAUUUUCAAGAUGUCAAGUUCUUCGAGAACAGGGCGAAUGGGCAGUCGAAGGGAUUCUGCGUCGUUUCUCUGGGAUCCGACCAGUCCAUCAGAAUGGUCAUGGAUCGACUACCCAAGAAGGAUAUACAUGGGCAGCACCCAGUAGUCACGCUACCCACCAAACAGGCUUUAAACCAGUUUGAAAGUCAAUCUAAGACGCGAUCGACCCCGCCGGGUCCUAAUCCUGGGAUGAGGGGAGGACCUCACGGUCCAGGAGGACCGCCUGGACCCCAUCCAGGAGAGUUUUUCGGUGGAGGCCCAAACGGUCCGGGUCCGAACGGGCCACGGAUGAUGAUGCCAGGCCCGGGUCCGCAUCACCAGCUGCGAGGUCCGCCGCCAGGGCCUCAUGGCCCUCCGCCGCACCACAUGCCACAACACCAGGGCCCCCCGCCGCAUCACAUGCCUCCACAUCAAGGCCCCCCACCACAUCAAGGGCCCCCGCAGCAUAGGCCACCGAUGCAGUUCCAGGGUCCGCCUCAAAUGCAGCGUACGGGUCCAGGGGGCCCCGGUCCGGGCGGUCCAGGCCCCGGGCCUGGUCCUCGUGGUCCUGAAUGGCCUCGUCACUUACCGCCCGCGCCGCAGUACGGACCCCCGCAGCAUCAAAUGCCGCAUCAGAUGCCUCCACCUCAUGCCGGCCUGCCCCCGCCGCAUCAUCAGCUGCCGCCUCAUCAGCAAGGCCCGCCACGAGGACCGGCGCCAUUACCGCAACACCCAGGUGAAUAUAACAGUGUGGGCGGAGCGCCGGCUCCUCAUGUGAACCCGGCCUUCUUCAGUCAACAGCCUCCAGUACAACCCGCCCCCGCCGUACAGCCUCCGCAGCCCGCCCCGCCAGGACCGGGAGGACCCUACGGCCACCCAGCGCACGCGCCCCCGCCCACACAGGGACCCCCGCCAGGCGCCAGGCAGCCUUAUGGAAGACCUCCAGCCAGCUAUCCCCCUACAGACGGUCGAGCUGCACACCACGCGGCGCCGCUGGGGGUUCCUCACGCGCACGCAGCUCUAGCGCCGCACGUCCCCCACGCUCCCAUCAGCGAGGCGGAGUUCGAGGAAGUGAUGAGCAGGAACAGGACCGUUUCCUCGAGCGCCAUCGCCAGGGCUGUGAGCGACGCGGCCGCCGGGGAGUACGCCUCUGCCAUAGAGACGCUCGUCACCGCCAUAUCCCUCAUCAAGCAGAGCAAGGUGGCCCACGACGAUCGAUGCAAAAUAUUAAUAUCGUCUCUACAAGACACUCUACACGGUGUAGAGACUAAGUCGUACGGCGGCGAACGAAGACGAUCGCGCUCUAGGGAGAGAGAUGCUAGAGCUCAUCACAGAGCCCCGAGACGAAGGGAACGAUCGGCUUCCAGAUACCGGGAUAGAUCAAGGGAUAGAGACGACAGGGAUCGGUACAGGGAAAGGUCGAGGGAACGCGACCGUGAGCGCGACCGAGACGCGUACUACAGGGACUAUCGCGAGAGGGAAAGGGACAGGUCUAGGUCGAGGGACAGAGAACGCACGGAUCAUUAUAAUAGAGGACACAGUCGCGAGGAAAGGCCACGUAAGUCGCCUGUAGAAGCGGCGGCGGAGGGAGGCGCCGGGGACGCGGCGGCCAAGGGUCGGGCGGCGGCGCCCUACUACGACGAGAGGUACCGCGAGAGACGGGACCGCGAGCCCCCGCCGGCAGACAGAGACCGCGACCGGGACCGCGACCAUCGCCGGGACGCCAGGCACUAGUGACGUCACACACAACGCUGUGACGUCACAGGCGCCCUCGCUACGCGCCGGAUGUCGAUUUAUACAUAGAAGCAAACAGUGACGUCACUGAUUCAGAAUCACGACCGACUAGCGUAUGACGUUAUCGUUACUAUGGAACGAUCAUUACAUUUACCUCUAACUAUGUAAUGUUUGUCUACAGUAAUCAUGGCUUGUCUUGUACGUGAGUCGGACACAGAGCUGUCUGCAGUGAAGUUUGUUUUGUGUACUCCUUUAUUUUUAACGUUCAUCAUCUUCGCAUGUUUCACCCGAUUGUAAAUUAUUGUGCAUACAUCUGUAUUUUGUGGAAACUGGAUUUUUAAGUGUGUUUAAAGGUACAAAUUGAGAUAAAUGAUGCAAUAAUUAGUCGUAUUGUCACCGAUUUAGAUGUUAUAACUCCGCGGCCGUGUUUAUAAAUGUUUUAUUACAAUAGUGACCACAAGUAUAGUCGGAAGAAAGAGGUAGUCUUUACUCCCAACUUAUAUUUCAUUUGCGGUAUGAUAACUUUUAAUGUUCGGCGAUGUUCGUAGUGCCUUAUGGAACUCGGAAUAUUUGGAAUCAACUCUUCAUAUAUAAAUUUAUUUAAAGUUAAAAAAAAUAAAUAAAUAACUUUCUAUAAUAUCGAAUAGUUAUAAUUUUUCCUAAUUUCAUAACGCAAAUGAAUUAUAACUGUUUUACUAAUGAGGGGUUGUCAUCACUUGAACGGGGCGACGUAAGCACUGAAAAAAUAAAGAUAUUUUUUUUAAUUUUUUGGUUGAUUUAUUCUAGAAUAGUCAUUGGUUUUUGAACAUUUUUACUUUUUGGUGUAGCUCUGUUCCGCUUUAGUGUAACCUUCACAGCAAAAAGAGGUUGUAUUCGUACAAGUAAAUUGCAUGAGUGACCAAGUUUCAGUUAUCUAAAUGUCCCCUUUUUAUUAUCUUAACACCGAACACAAAUUAAUGUCCAUAUUGUUUCACACAUUAAAUAUAAAAAUUAUAAAUUAUUAUGUGUAUUUCCAUUUUAUUAUUGUGCUAAUAUUUUUGCAGACAUUCAAAAUUUAAUUCUUUUAGGCACAGUGCACAUAUGUGUAAAUGUACGUGUUUUACGUAAUGGAAAUGUUCCACAUUCCAUUUUUCGAGUUGACGAAUUUCGGGAAACAUUUUAUAGAUUUUUGUUACGAGAGUAAAUCUAUAUUUGUACUGUGUUAUGUUCAAUAGGGAUUCGAUAAGUAAAAUUAGACUAUUUAGGACGUAGUUGUAAGUAUGUUUACAUGGAGCUGUUCCAUACUGAUUGACACUGAGUUUUAGGAUUUAUUUCCUUAAAUAAAUUGAUGUACCAUU